AUUACAGUAGAUGAAUAUAUUACAUACAUUCAAGUAUACAAGUGAUGGCAAAGAAUACUGUACCGAAACAAAUUUUUACCUAUUUAUUGGGGGUAUGUGUACCUUCUUCUAAACAAAAUGCUGCUAAAAUACGAAUACGUCGUUUAGAAUUAGAUGAACAUCUUUUAAUGUACUUUAACAAAUAUGAAUUUGUUUAUGCUCAUGAUCCUGAAAAACUUUGUAAAACAGGUGAUACAGUUUUAAUACAAAAUUUACCAAAAAAAUUAACACGAAUCAUCACUCAUAAAGUUGUUGAAGUUAUUUAUCCUCUAGGUGAUAUUACAGAUCCUAUUACUGGUAAAAAGAUUGUUGCUGGACAAUAUAGGGAUCAUAUAGAAGAUGAUGCUAAACACUUUGGAGAAUUAAAAUCCAUGUAUAAAUAUAAUGAACUACCAAAAAGAGGAAGCAUGGAAAACAAAAAAGAUUUUACAAGUAAAAAGUCAUAUAUGAAAUAUAGCGAUGAUCCAAAAGAUUUUGAUCCAUAUGCUGUAAAUCCAUAAUAUCUCACAAAUGUAUAUUUAAAUAUUAAUAGAUAAUAAUAUACUGAAAAUAA